AUGCGCCCUCGAAUUGAUCCCGAAUCACAUUUCCCCUACAUCGAACCUCCAUCUCAUGUUGGUCUCAAAGCCAUCGAGAUACCUCCUCCAUACACCGGAACACCAUGGUUAAUCUUCAUUUCCGACGUGAAACUCUUCUUUCAAAAUUUCUUCUACCUUCCCUACCUUUUUAUCCCUCUUUAUCCAUGGCGCUCAGGGUCUCUGUGUGAGAUGUACCCAUCACGGGAUAAUCUAACAGACAUUGCUCUUCAUUUGUUACUUUCCGUGGCCCAGUUGACAUUCUUGGUCUCCCUUGUUACGCUAGCUUUUCUCCCAACUUUCACUUACAUCGGAUACAUCGCUGUGUUCUUAGCAGUAAACGAAUUCAUCUGUUGGCAUUUCAACAACGGUAUCCCCAGCAGUGGUCUCAGAUCAGCGGAAGAUGCGUUUACUCGACGUUGGCCUCGCCAUGAUGACGAAGCUUGGAUUUUCCUCAAUGGCAUUUGCGUAGGCAAGAACUGGCUCCAGAAGAACAUUGACCGCAUUUCACGAACAUUCCAUCGACCAGUUAUUGGGAUUCACAACAGAACUGCUGGCGUCGUAUUCGACCUUAUCCAGUGCCUGAUUCAACGUGCUCUGCUCUACGCCACGCAGGACGUCAGAGAUUGCUACGUCCUUAUCAAGAACGCUCUUCUCGACGACCGCAAGAAGAAGGUUGUCUUUAUUCUCCACUCGCAGGGAGGAAUCGAAGGAGGAAUGAUCAUUGACUGGCUCUUGGACGAAAUGCCCUUUGAGAACCUCCAGAAGCUCGAAGUCUAUACCUUUGGCAAUAUCGCCAAUCACUUUAGCAACCCAUGCCGCGGCAACGAUCCCAGCUUACCUGUCAUCCCGCGCAUUGAACACUACGUCAACGAUAAAGACUUUGCUUGCCGGUUCGGUGUUCUUAACUUCACUAGGAAUUACACCCAAAAUGAGAACCGGUUUGCAGGCAAGGUGUUCAUCAACCGAAGUGGCGGGCAUCAGCUCAAUCAGCACUAUCUCGACGAUAUGUUUCCCUUGGAUAAAAGCCUACGCAAGACGAGGGAGGUUAGAGAGGGAGACUUCAUGAGCCGAAAGAUUCGCUGCAGAAAGGACGGUACUAUCAAAGAGAUCACCAGAGCUGAGCUUCCGCUGGGCUUUAGUGAGAGCAGAGAUGAUGCGGCGAAUGGGAUGAUCGGACUGCAUGAGGUUCCCAGUAUGGGUGAUCUGAGUAGACUGUGGAAGUAUCGCAACGGACAGGUGCCAGAUUCGUACAAGAACGUCUUGAAUGAUGGUAAUUAG